AUGGGGCCCCCGGGCAAUAGGGGUUUAUGGGGCCCCUGUGUCCUUGCCCAAACUCAAAAGAGCCUAUGAAAAAGAAGAUAUUUCAUGGCUUCUCCAAGACACUUCCUCAGUUCCAAGCAAAUAUUAGGCAUUUUGCACUGCAGAGUAAGAACUGGUCAGAAAGGGAUGACCGUGACCAGGGGCAAACUGACAACUCAUGGGGCCCCCAGGCAAUAGGGGAUCAUGGGGCCCCUGUGUCCUUGCCCAAACUCAAAAAAGCCUAUGAAAAAGGUACCAGGGGCAUCUCAUGGGGCCCCCUACUGACCCCGGGCCCUCGGACAAUCGCCCGAGUUUCCAAAUGGUCAAUCCGCCCCUGAC